ACUCUCAAAUAGCAAGUUUUCAAUUCCUCUCUUAAUUUUCAUCACGAAAUUUCUCUGACGAAACUUCAGCUCCUCAAACAACCCCAUCGUUUGUCAAGUUUCAAAUCUCGAAUUCCUGACCCAUUUUGAGAGAUAUCACAUGGCCGAAGGACUCCGGCACCAAAACAAGCAACCCGUCAUCUCCGGCGGCCGACCUCACAUCGAAUCCGACGAUCUCCUUAUCGACAUUCUCUCAAGACUCCCAGUCAAAACCCUAGUUCGAUUCCGCUGCGUCUGCAAGUCAUGGCGGGCUUUGAUCUCCGAUUCUCACUUGGUCACGACCCACCUCCGCCGCUCUAACCGCCGCAGGCUGCUUUUCUCACUCGCGCCUUACCAAUCUAUUGACAUCAGAGUGCUAAACGACGUCGUUUGCCACUACUUAAUCAGUAAGCAUUUCCGACCUGUUGUGCUACCUGUAUAUAUUGGAGCUUUGAAAAUUGUGGGUUCUUGCAAUGGACUGGUUUGUUUAUUGGGAAAUUCGGAGUUGAUUGUCGUGUGGAACCCUAGUACUAGACAUGCCAGGUUGUUGACAGUGCCCAAUGAGUUUCGUUUCGGUAGCAUAAGGUUUUAUGGGUUUGGUUAUGAUUCCACCAUUGAUGACUAUAAGGUUGUAGUUGGCCACACAAGUAUGAAAAAUGGUACUCGUACAACCACAGUUGUGAUUGUUCAGCUCAAAACCGAGUCUUGGAGGACUUUUGAUUGCGUCGAUUAUGUUCAUUUGCUUGGGCAAGGGUGCUUGGUGAAUGGUGCUUUACAUUGGGUUGAGAUGGCAUGGAAAGAGGUGUUGAUGAUUCAGCCUGUGCUUCAUGCAAGGAUCAUGUCUUUUGAUUUAGCAGAGGAGACAUUUCGGGAGUUUAUUCCGUUGUCAUAUCUUAGUCGGGAUGAAAGGCUUAUCUCUGCUCGGGUUGGAAUUGCUGAAGAUAGUCUCUUUGUAUAUUUGUUUACAGAUAGUGGAAUUACAAUGUGGGUGAUGAAAGAAUAUAGGGUUAAUGGGACUUGGACGAAAGAGACGCAAAUUCCUACAAAGACACCUCACCUUCCUCAAAAAUUCUGUUACUGUAAUCCUAUAUGCAUUUUAGAGAAUGGUGAAGUUUUGAUAAAUUCUGGUGACUUGAUGCUGUAUAAUCCAAAUGGAGGGGGAAAUAGGAAUGUUCUCGGCACUCCUGCGGAUUUGGCCCCUGAACCAGUUAUGUACCUGGAGAGUUUAGUUUCGCCAUUUAAGGAAGAUAACUGAAAUUCAUCCUUGUUCUUGUAGGUUUGUGUCGUAGAUAGAAGAAAAAUGAGCUAAAAUGUGCAAAUAAGGAUUGAAAGGCGAUUGCAAUCCCAAGUGUCAGAAUAUGCCUCUACAGAACAGCUAACUUCACCAAAUUACUAGGAAUUACUCGGAUAAAAUCAGAAUAUGAGCCUUAUAUCAUUGAAAACCUACACAUGUCUACUUUCUGUAGAAGUUUACGGAUCUCAAUUCGAUACUUAUGGAGUGAGUUAUGAUCAUUUGAAUGAAGAUAGGUCAGAUCAGAAAAUCUGCUCGGAUUUGCAAGCAUUUGAAAGUUCCAUGGCACAAGACCGUCAACCCUAAAACUUCAAGGACAACAAUGCAGAUGAGGAUUCAAGGAGUACAUGUAUUUCUAGUU